AUGUUGUGUUUUUUAUUGGCUGCUGCACUAUCAAUUAUUGAGAUAAAUUUCGAAUCACCAAUCAUUCCAUUUGGAGAUCUAUUUGAUAUGACUGGAAACCAAUUCGAAAUAAAAAAUGUAGAUGAUUUUACAGGAAAUUAUACAGUUGUUUAUACAAUUAAUCAAUCAAGUAAAACAUAUGAAUACCAGUUGAAUUUAGACUCAGAACCAUAUUUUAGAGCUGCUGGUUUGGACAUGGAUGAAGAUUAUGAAAAUUACUUUCCAAGAGGUUCCGUUUCGUUCGAUGUGAAGUUCAUCAAGAAUGGCGUAGUUGAAGGUAUAGGAAAUUUUACAGCUUUUAUUGCGUUACCAAUUGAGGUUCAUAAAGCUGUUAUGGAACCAAAGAUAAUUGAAUACUCACCCAAAACUGUACUUCCAAUUGUAAUAAAUCUCACCAAUUAUAAUCCUGAUCAUAAUUCACAAAUAUUUCUUCAAUCACCAAGGAGAAGAAUAGGUUGGCCAAAUAAUAAGUCUAUUAACUAUUAUUUUGAACAUCAGAAAGAAAGUACUCAAGGAACCACUAAAUUACAUUCUAUUAAGCCUUCUGGACAUAAUUAUACGCUAAAUUUAUAUGUUAUAGAUGGAACCGUUCAAAAUUCAAAAACCGAAUUCAAUAUUGAUUAUGCUGUUAGAAAAAAGAUGGACAUAAAUUUUGUUAAGCACGAUAAAGAAUUUUACUAUCCAAAUGAUGAAUCAAACUUGACAUUUGUCUUCCCAAUUCUAGAAGAAAUUGACACAUGGUAUACUGUUUAUGUUAAUGAGAAGAAAUCUGUAUUGAUAACAAAUAAUAAACCAUUUCAUAUUUCAUAUCAAAUCCCAUCUACAGCUGAACUCGGUGAUUUUCAAAUCACAUACAGUGUUACAGUCGAAGAUAUAUUAAAAUCAGAAAAUCACAGUUUAACUCUCAAGAUAAGAGACAAACCAGUUUUGACAAAUAUAGUGAACAAAGAAACAUAUUUAAUUUCUGAAACUAUCAAUAUAUUAUUUGAUUGCAUUGAUCAUGACUCAACUGAUUCAUUCCAAAUUCAAUAUUUAAUGGAAGAUGAUGCAGGAUACAAAAAUUAUGGGGAAAGAGUACCACGAGAAGGUGAUACAACAAAAAUGAGUUUCCUGGUAGAUAAAAAUAAGCUCAAGCGAGGUAGGAAUAUUUUCAAUCUAAGUGUUGUUGAUAAUUAUUCAAUAGAAUCAGAUCCUAUAAGUCUUUUAAUUAUGAUCGUUGAGCCACCGACUAUUAUCGUAUCGAAUAAUGAGUCUUUCUUCAUUCCAGGUUCUAAAAUUUCGCCACAUAUUAUAAUUACUGAUCUUGAUGAAGAUGAAAAUGAAAGUAUAUCUUACUAUUUCGAUAAUGAUGAAAAUAGUAAGAAACAUCUCCAAUCAAUAUUAAUUGAUAGCUCAACACAUGUUUAUAACGGUGAUUUGCAACAAAUUGAGAUACCAUCAACUGCCAGAUCUGGAACUAUCAAUCUUACAAUUGUUGUCACUGAUAGAUAUAACUUUACAACAAAUGCUACUUUAGUUCUUACAAUUCGGGAACCUCCAGUUCUCACAGGUGAAAACAUAUCAGAAAUCAAAACACCAUCGAGCAAUGCAACAUUCACGAUCAAAGUAGAAGAUCAUGAUGAAAAUGAUUAUUGUGAUUUAUUCUAUCAUUAUGAUGGCAUUGAAGAACCUGUUAAUGUUUCACGAACUUCAAUUAAUCAAUCUACACAUCAAGCAUCUGUACCAGUCGAAAUCCCUCUUCCUGAAGAAUAUAGCGGUGUUUUCAGUAUAACAUUUUAUGCAAUUGACAGUCACAACAUAACAUCACAGAACAUCACAUUGACUGUCGAAAUCAGGAAUAAACCUGAAAUAUCGAAUAUCAAACACAAAGAACAAUAUUUGAUGACAGAUGUCUUCAACAUCACAUUCGAUUGCAAAGAUAAAGAUCCAACAGAUUCAUUCCAAAUGAAGUAUGCCAUCGAUGAUCAAAACUAUAAUAAUUAUAGUGGUCGUGUUAAUAGAGCAUCAGAAGUCACUCCACUUUAUAUUAUCAUCGAAAAAGAUAAACUUCAUCUUGGUGUAAACAAUAUUAGUAUUAUCGUUGAAGAUGAUUACGAAAUGACAUCAAAUUACCUGAAUAUAACAAUUCACAUUGUUGAUCCACUAGUUAUCACAGGUGAAAACAUAUCAGAAAUCAAAACACCAUCGAGCAAUGCAAUAUUUACGAUCAAGGUAGAAGAUAAUGAUGAAAAUGAUUAUUGUGAUUUAUUCUAUCAUUAUGAUGGCAUUGAAGAACCUGUUAAUGUUUCACGAACUUCAAUUAAUCAAUCUACACAUCAAGCAUCUGUACCAGUCGAAAUCCCUCUUCCUGAAGAAUAUAGCGGUGUUUUCAGUAUAACAUUUUAUGCAAUUGACAGUCACAACAUAACAUCACAGAACAUCACAUUGACUGUCGAAAUCAGGAAUAAACCUGAAAUUCAAAUUGAAAAAGGAAUUCCUCAAAUUGUUCAAAGGAAUGAAAAAUACACUAUUUCUGUAAAAGUCACAGAUAAUGAUGCAGAAGAAGAGUUCUCAUUCUUUAUUAAUGGAAAAAAUUAUACAAAGAAAUUCUAUUCAAAUAGUAAAGAAACUGAUGCUGAUUUGGAUAUUCAAAUACCAAAUAACCUAUUAGGUGAAACAAAUAUCAUAUUAAAAGCUGUUGAUAAAUAUGGACUUCAAUCGGAACCAGUACAAUUGAAUUUCUCAAUCAGAUCGAAACCUGAAAUUAAGAUCAAUGAGGGUCAAAGAAAACGAUUUAUUCCAGGAAGUACAAUUAAUUUGAGCGUUUUCAUUAAAGAUGAUGAUCCAGGUGAUAAUUCUACAUUUAUAGUUAAAUUCCUAGAUAAAGAAUUCCAUUUCAAUGAUGCAUUUCAAACAAACGAAUCAGGUGCAAACCAUAACCUUUCUAUAACCAUACCUUCAGAUGUUAAAGGAGGUAAUGAAAGCAUCAUAGUUACUGCAAAGGAUUAUUUUAAUCUUUCAUCAAGUGACACAACAUCGAUCUAUAUUCCCACUGCUCCUGUGAUCCAAUAUGAAGGGACAGACUCCAAUACAACAAUCCCUGGCAACUUUGCACGUCCUAAGUUCUUAGUCUCUGACAAAGAUGGAGAUAAGAAUAUUACAAUUAUUAUCAAUCUCCCUGAUGGAACAAACAUUUCAAAACAAGCAGAUUGCAGUAGAAUUAACGAACCUGAACUUAAAUGCAAUAACAAUCCUUAUGAAAUCGAUAUUAAGAUUCCUGAAGAUCAUCCAAUCACAAAACCAUAUAUCAUCAACGUCACAGUUAUUGAUUCAGAUGGCCAAGGCCAAAAUAUCACAGCGGAAAUUCCAUUCAGAAACAGAGCACCUCAAAUUGAAUACACAAAUAAGAGUGAAUUAGAAAAAGACAACGAAUAUUACCAAACUAGAAAUAUCACAAUAAAAUUCAGGGUCAAAGAUUCGAAUUUUGGCGACUGGGCAAACAUUUACAUGAAGAUUUAUCCAGAUGAAAAAAAAUUAUUUAACAAAGUCAAUAUCAUAAAUAAAACAAAAACAGGUCAAAAUUGGACAUAUUUCGAGUUCAAUCUUACUAUCCCAAGUGAUUACAAAGAUGAUGAUUAUAACAUCACUCUUUGGGCAACAGAUAAGUUUGGUGCUGAAUCCAAUUCUACUUAUGUAAUGAUUAAAAUCAGAGGAAGUUAUGCAGCUUUAGCUGGUAAUGUCGAUUUACGUAUCCUUGUUGAGAGAAGAUGGAUUAUUUUAGUUGUUGUUGCUUGCAUAAUUGCAGUUAUUCUAUUCAUUAUUUUUAUUAUCAUUCUUCUCAUUAGACCAGAACCGAAGAUUAAACAGGUUGUUAAGGAACCAAGUGAAGAAAUUGAUAGAGAUGACUCGGGUGAAACAAUAUCUGUCCAUUCUGAUGAUAUGGAUGAUGAAAAUCCCCCACCAUUUGGACCGCAUAAUUUGGUUCCAAUUGAUAUCAAUGAAGAUGACAAUGAAGAUUCUGGUGAAUCAUUUUCAAUCCACACUGAUGAAAUUAUUACAAACGAGAUAGAUUUAUCAUAA